AUGGAAGCAGUUAAGGACAUCACGGAGACGGCGGCCGUGGACCUGGGGGACCUGCUGGACGCCGGGGACGACGCCGUGGUGAUACUCGAGGCGGGCGACACUCGGCUGGUGGCGCACAGGGCCGUCCUGGCGGACAGGAGCCCUGUGUUCGCCGCCAUGUUCGCCCACGACACCCUCGAGGCCAGCAGCGGCGCGGUGAGGAUUGCCGACGUGGGGGGCCCGGUGCUCAGGCAGCUCGUCUCCUACCUGUACACCCUGCGGGCCCCCCAGCGGCCCGGCGCGGCCCCCCAGCUGCUGGCCGCAGCGGAUAAAUACGGGGUGUCGCGGCUGAAGGCGGAGUGCGAGCGGCAGGUGGCCGCUCAGCUGACCGUCGAGACCGCGGCAGCCGCAGCCGUCCUCGCAGUCCGCCACUCCUGCAGUGACCUCAGGCGAGCCGCCAUCGAAUUUAUUAAGGCACGCACCCACGAGGUGAUGGCCACUCAGGGGUGGGCAGAUGCGAUGCUUCAUCAACCAAAAGACUUGAUCGAAGUGAGCCGGUUGCUGUACGAUCCACCACCACAAAGCAGGAGCCUCUCUGCAGAGGAGAGGGCCAGGAGGCUGGUCCAGGCGGCUGAGGAGCGGGCAGUGGGGGAGCUGAGGGCGCUGAUCGCCGCAGGGGCCGACGUGGGGGCGAGGGGCGGGCAAGUGGCGGCUGCGCUGCUCGUCGCGGGUGCCGACAGGGGGGCCACAACUGGUCGUGGGGAGACACCGCUGGACCUCGCCAGGCUGCGCAACCAGAGGCGGCUGGUGGAGAUGCUGUCAUGA